AUGAGCGACGUCGACCGCAUAAUCAAAGGCGCUCCGCCUCCAGACGUCUCCGCCGAACAGGUUGCCGCCGAAGCAAGAGCUUCAUCUCCAUCGUCAUCAUCAUCAUCAUCAUCAUCAUCACCAUCGACUAUGCCAUCCGUGACUGCUCCUCUUCCUCCGCAUGGACAAAGCAACGACCCGCGAGAUGCCCUGCCGUCCAGCCCGCCUCAGAUAUAUCUGAACAUGCUCAUUCUAGAAUCAUCCCUCCGCCUGCAGUACAUCAGUCUCCGCGCGCGACUCAGGCUCCACUUGUUGCUCGUCGUGGGCUUAGCUGCUUGGAAUCUCCUUUUCACCUACCUGCUGUUCUUCCGUCCACGCGAGGAUGGCAGUGGCGUGGGAGGCAGUGUUUACUGGGUCCUCGAAGCGGCCGAGAAAUUGGGCUUCUUCUCAGGCGUGAUCACGCUGUGCCUCUUCUGGGGGACUGGAAUGUAUGACCGUGGUGUGCGUUGGCCACGGAAGUUCAUCUCUACGACAAAUCGCGGCCUGCGAGGCUUCAAUCUUAAAGUCGUGGUCGUGAAGGGCUCCUUUCUUUCUGAGCUGGCGGGCUGGUUCGCCAUGCUUGAUCAGUUUGGCUGGUUCCGAGAGGAUCGCGUCAACUUCCAAGUGGUGCCCAAAGACAUCGAGGCUGGAGCCUCCAAAGAACUCUGGAAUGCCCACGCCGCUCGUCACGGCGUUUUAGAAGAAGAUCUCGCACCGGGAGGAGACGUGCUCCGAGUACUGCUUCUGCCGAAGCCGUUUAGUCCUGACUUCCGAGAAGGCUGGGACACGUACCGAAUGGAGUACUGGGAGCGCGAGAACGCAAGGCGGGCCUCACUGCGCAACAUAGUACGGAUACGACAGCGCGAGGUGGCAAAGAAGGACGGCGGCUGGCUGUGGUGGACAGGUUGGAGAGGAUGGCAAAACUUCCGCCUCGUAGGCAGAAAGUCACGACGCCAAAUGGAACUGGAGAAGCUUGCCCUAAAGGAUAAGCCAUCGGUCGAGCGUGUGAAGGAACGCCGACGAAAAGGAAGCCUGCUCCGUGAUGGUUCGCACACGCACUCUCGCGCGUCGUCGACUUCGCGUACUCCCACACCAGAGCCAGAUGCGCGUCAGCAAAGGCGAGAGCGGAGGACUAGUAGCACCCAUUCCAGUGCUGGCACGCGAAGGCCGCGGAAACCGCCCGUAAAUGAGAAGAGCCGUCUUAGUGCUACUGAGACGCUGCUACAGCACGAUUCACGCGAUUUUUCUGGCCCCUCACCGCUGUCAAAGAGGAGUAGCACGAUCAGCACAGGAAGCUCUGAAGAUGGCAUCAAGAAGGAGGAGGAGGCAGAUUCGCCACUGAAGCAAGAGCCUCUUUUCGCUGAUGACAUAAAGGCCGAGCCUGCAGAGGCAUGA